CCCCCGACAGCAAAAUUGAUAUGCGCGUAGACGAGCCUGGGAAUCCACAAGUUCGUCAAAUCCGAGCUUACGCUGGGAAAUCAGGGUCACCCCUGUUCCAAUCGUAAUAGCCUCCCGCUAUCUCCGGCAAAGAACACAGCUCCCAAUCAACCAAAGAGUAUAAGAAUGGACGCAUUCCGUGUGCAGGCACGAUUCCCGAGUGGGUAAUACAGAGUGAAUAGACGAAUCUCCAGUCAAAAUUGGGGGUGCAGGUGCAGGUGCAGGUGCGGGAAAGAAUGCUUCGCAAUGCGAUGGUCUUGACAGUGCCAUGCACCGCCUCCUGUGCCGAAACGCAAAAGACGAGAUGGUCGAUGUCUGAUUGCUUCGAGUGCGGGUUCCAUUCGAGAUGUUGUCAUUUGGUGUAUAUGGAGAGAAAAGGAUGUUCCGCGGGGGGUAUAUAUAGUAUACGAUCUCGAGAGAGGAGGAAGAAUUGUCUCAUUCUGGUGAUGUGUACAUCCGCGGGUCCAUACAUAGAACUUAGUGGCUCCGCAAGUGCGAGAAGCUGGUGUACGUGGUUGCAAGCUUCCUGGUGGUCUGUCUCGCUCUCACCAGUACAUCUGACAAGAUUCCUCCUCUAUCCUCGAAAAACUCGACUUCACGCGUAUGUAGUACCACGGAAACCUCAGGUGCUUGCAAUAUGGGGAACACGUCAAGUUCGAGGCAGGGAAAUGAUAUUCUGUGCUGACGCAGCAGUACCCUUUAAUACAUUGCGGCGAAAAGUACCAACUGCAAGCGAGGAAACACUUGUGAUGGUACGCCAAUAACAACGCAGCUCGUGUAAAGGCAUUUUCUGAAGCUGGCCACGACAUUUAUACCACACCUAGCUAGCCUGAUGUGACUGCAUAGCCCUCUCUGUAUAUCUUCGCUGUAGAUGCCCCCGUUGCAUUGAGAAAAGAUGGAAUGAAUAUUGAGGAUUCAGAAUUCAAUUAUUGUCGUGGUAUGACGUGAAGGGUAGGCAGGACCGUUCGCGAUGCACAGCCUACAUGUACAUACUCUGUUAACGAGACGACAGUGACAGAGUCCUCAUUCCAUCUAACAGUGGGUGCUCCCUUUUCCGAAGCCGCUCACAAAGGCGGAACAUCUUGAAGAACGAUCCACGAUCCUGGAAAGGGAGCGUAACCAUGAGAAUGCCACAAAGAUAUUCGGUCUUCGAUAUUUAUCUCAAUACAACUUCAAGC